AUGUCCGACCAGGAUUUGAGGAACGCAAUUCUCCGGCUCACUGAACUGGUAGCUAGCCAACAAGAGCAGAUUCAACUUCUCAACCAAACCGGUCAAGCCAACCAACCGGGAAGUGAGAAAAUCAUCGAAUCGUUGGCCACGGGAAUUGAAGACUUCUACUACGAUCCUGACGGUGGAGUGUUUUUCGAUGCAUGGUUCGCGCACUACGAGGAUAUCUUCAAGGUUGACGGCAAGAAUCUGGACGAUCUGGCGAAGGUGAGGCUACUCUUGAGGAAGAUGGGCACCAAGUUCCAUGAGCGGUACGUAAACAGUAUCCUGCCAAAGCAUCCCCGCGAUUUCGGCCUGGACGACACGGUGAAGAAACUUAAGAAGCUUUUUGGCCGCCAAACCUCGCUGUUUAACGAUCGCUACCGUUGUCUACAAUAUGUCAAGAACGAAGCAGACGAUUUUUCAAGUUACGCUGCCUCUGUGAACAAGCACUGCGAAGCAUUCCAGCUGACCAAGCUAACUGACGACCAAUUCAAGGCACUACGUUUUGUUUGCGGUCUACAAUCUCCCCGCGAUGCAGACAUCCGAACUCGAUUGAUCGGUAAGUUAGAAGCUGAAGAGCAUGCUCCGCUAGCAGACGGCACGAAGCUCACACUGGAAAAUCUCGUCGAGGAGUGCCAUCGGUUUAACAAUCUGAAGCAGGACACCAAGAUGGUAGAGAAGCCCGUUCCGGAAAAAUCCGUCGUCAACGCCGUUUCUACCAAGGCUGCUAAGAAGAAGCGACCGAAAUCUCCGUGCUGGUUCUGCGGUGAUUUACACUUUGUGAAGGAAUGCCCCUAUCAAGACCACAGCUGUAGCAAGUGCAAACGGAAGGGGCAUAAAGAAGGUUACUGCUCAUCCGUGGAAUCAAAACCGAAGUCUGCAAAGAAAUUCGAAAAACCGAAGUCCAAGGAAUAUGUGAAGUACAAAGGAAUUUCGGUGAAACGCAUCGAUCUCCAAGGGAAGAGGAAAUACGUUACCGUCGGAAUCAAUGGCAACGAUUCUGUUCUCCAGUUGGAUUGCGCUUCCGAUAUCACGAUCAUUUCUACGCAAACCUGGAAGGCGAUCGGAAAACCAGCCAUCAGCGCUUCCGGAAAUAAGAUCGACAUGACUGGUGAGUUCCUUCCUGAAUUAACCAUCCAAAGCGUGACGAAAGCAGGCAUUGUCUACGUGUCAUCAAGCUCCGAUUUGGAUGUCCUCGGAAUUGAAACAAUCGACCUAUUCCAUCUGUGGUCAAUUCCAUUCAGCUCGCUGGUUAAUGCUAUCCAUCAAAGACCGGAAGACACUGAGCAAAAGCUGCGUACGAAGUUUCCUGAAGUGUUCCAGAGUACACUAGGCCGGUGCACCAAAGCGAAGGUUAAACUCUACCUGAAGCCCGACGUCCGUCCAGUGUACUGUCCAAAGAGACCAGUUGCAUACGCUGCCCUUCCAAAGGUGGAUGCCGAACUUCAACGUCUUCAAGACAAGGGAAUAAUCUCACCAGUGAAGUUUUCCGACUGGGCAACCUCGAUAGUAGUGGUCCGGAAGUCAGACAACGUUUCCGUCCGUAUCUGCGGCGACUAUUCUACAGGGUUGAACAACGCACUAGAAUCCGAUGCCCAUCCGCUUCCGCAUCCAGAUGAUGUUUUUGCUGAUCUGGCUGGCUGCCGGUAUUUCUCCCAACUCGAUCUAUCUGAUGCGUACCUGCAAGUCGAGGUUGAGGAGGAAUCUCAGAAGUAUCUAACGAUCAACACUCAUCGUGGACUGUUCAAAUACAACCGUCUGCCGCCUGGAAUCAAGUCCGCUCCUGGUGCGUUCCAAAGGAUUAUCGAUAGCAUGGUCGCUGGUAUUCCUGGAGUGAAACCGUAUCUGGAUGACAUCAUGAUUGCCGGUAGGACAAAGGAAGAACACGAUCGCAGUUCUGGAACGGGUCAAGACUUUCUAGGUCAUAUAAUCGACAAAGGCGGCUUACGACCUGAUCCAGCGAAGACUACCGCAAUUUCGCAGAUGCCAGCUCCAAUGAACGUAUCACAGCUUCGAUCGUAUCUUGGAGCUAUCAAUUAUUAUGGGCGUUUCGUCAAGCAGAUGAAGGAGCUGAGAGCACCCAUGGACUACUUGCUGAAACAAAACGUCAAUUGGGAAUGGACUGCAAGCUGCCAGAAGUCAUUCGACAAGUUCAAAACGCUUCUCACUUCCGACUUGUUGCUGACGCACUUCGACCCGAACAAGGAAAUCAUCGUAGCAGGUGAUGCAUCCAAAGACGGCUUGGGCGCUGUUAUUAUGCAUCGCUUCCCGGAUGGAUCAGUGAAGGCAAUUUCGCACAUUUCAAGAUCACUGACCCCUGCAGAGAAAAAUUACGGCCAGAUCGAGAAAGAAGCUUUGGCGCUGAUUUUUGCUGUGACACGAUUUCAUAAGAUGUUGUUCGGCCGGAAAUUUACCUUGCAGACUGAUCACCAACCACUUCUCAAGGUGUUCGGAAGCAAAAAAGGAAUUCCGGUAUACACGGCCAACCGACUUCAACGCUGGGCGCUUACGCUGAUGCUGUACGAUUUCGACGUCCAGUUCGUGCGCACUGAAGAAUUUGGACACGCGGACCUCCUUUCAAGACUGAUGAAAUGCCAUGCAACAGCCGAUGAAGAAUAUGUCAUUGCUUCUGUACAAAUGGAAGCCGAUAUCAACGCCGUUCUCAGUGAUUCUACUUCUAGUCUUCGUGACGUCUGA